AUGUCGAUGCACACGCAACGACCGCCUCCGCAGCGCCUUUCGAACCCGACGGGCCCAUCAGCAUCUACGGCGGCCGGGUCGAUGACGACGACGACGGCAGCGCCGGGCAGCGGGUCGAGUUACAGCUUCACGUCGCCGCGCACCUCGCUGCCGCCGCCCUUUUCGUCGCGCCGCACCUCGCAGACCUCGUCGUAUACCCCGCACCGUGCAUCCUCGACCGGCGGCGGCGGCGGCGGCGGGCGGAUCUCUCUCCUCUCCUCUUCUUCCUCUGACCUCUACCACCACGGCAACAACGACAGUACGACGACGACGACGACGACGACGGGGGUGGUAGCGGGGGGGCCGGAUAUCCUCGAUCGGCCGCGGGACAAGACGAGAUUGGCAGAAGUGGCGCUGGCGAGUCUGCACUUUCUCGUCGCCGAGGCCGUCGCGUACACCCAGGCGCGCGUCAAUGGCAUCUCGGACCUCGAGAAACGCCUCUCCCUCCUCGGCUACCACGUCGGCCAGCGUCUCCUCCCCCUCACACUCCACCGCCAGGAGACGAGCAACAACCCGAAGAACCCAAAGAGGGAGACGAGGCUGCUCCCCACUUUGCUCUGGAUCCAUGGCGCUUUUUGGAAGGCGCUGUUUGGGAGGCAGGCGGAUAGUCUUGAGAGGAGCACUGAGGCUGGACGCAGCGACGAGUACAUGAUCUCGACAAACGUGCCCACGUUUUCGCGCGCCAUUUCCAUCCCAAAGGAAAUGUCGCAGCUCUCGGUCGAAGCCAUUACGGCGGGUAUCGUCGAAGCUGCGCUCGACGGGCUCGGAUUCCCGGCGAGGGUGACGGCCCAUUCGGUACCCACGCCCGAGUUCCCGGCGCGUACCACGAUCCUCAUCAAGCUGGACCGGUCCGUCAUGGAGAGGGAGGAGGCGCUCGGGUCGUAG